AUGCCCUCCAUGUUGCCAAGCAGUUUCCCAGCACUGUGCCUCUUUGGGGUCUUGACCGUAUUGCAGUGCCCUUCAGCUUUUUGUGAUUGCAGAAGGCCUCCAAGUAUUGCUCAUGGAUCCUAUAAAGAUGUGAGCUCAUUUCUAUCCUUUACUACUAUGGUACUGUAUACGUGUGACAAAGGAUAUGUUUUGUCUGGAAAGGCUAAAAUCUCCUGCACAGACUCAGAUUGGUCACCCACAACUCCUCAAUGUAAAGCUCUGUGUUUGAAACCAGAGAUAGAAAAUGGGAAGCUCUCUGUGGAUAAAAAUCAGUAUGUUGAACCUGAAAACAUCACCAUCCAGUGUCAUCCUGGCUACAGUGUAGUCGGUCCCCAAACUAUCACUUGCUCAGAAAACAGAACCUGGUACCCAGAAGUGCCCAAGUGUGAGUGGAAAGUCCCCAAAGGCUGUGAGCAAGUGCUAGCCGGCAGACACCUCAUGCAGUGCCUCCCAAACCCGCAGGAUGUGAAAAUGGCCUUGGAGGUGUAUAAGCUGUCAUUGGAGAUUAAACAGCUGGAACAAGAGUGA